CGCCGCGAGACAGCCGUCUGGAACGCGCGCACCGAAAAAAUGGAGCUGUCGGCGGGAGGAGACCGGGUUUUCGCCGCGGAAGCCAUCAUGAAAAGCCGCGUUAGGAAAGGUCGAAUCGAGUACCUGGUUAAAUGGAAAGGCUGGGCAUUAAAACACAGCACGUGGGAACCAGAGGAGAACAUCCUGGAUGAUCGACUCAUCACAGCCUUUGAGCAAAAGGAACGGGAGCAGGAACUUUAUGGCCCAAAGAAACGUGGGCCUAAACCAAAAAACUUUGUACUGAAGGCACGAGCACAGGCAGGUGAAACAUCACGAAGCAUAAAAACCAGACGCACUCCACCUCACACUGCUGCGAGACCUCCCACCUCUUCCUGUUCUGCAAGUACAGCAGCUCCUCAGCCUUCAUCGUCCUCUUCCUACUCUACAGCUCCAACCCCCAGAGUGCACUCCCUAGCUGCUGCUCAUAAACUCAAGAAGGACAUCCACCGUUGUCAUAGGAUGUCUCGUCGACCUUUGCCUCGUCCUGACCCCCUGGCUGACCCCACGGGAUCCAUGUUUUCAUCCCGUCCUCCUAUCUCUCCGUUCUCCGAAACUGUUCGCAUCCUCAACCGCAGGGUCAAACCGCGGGAGGUAAAACGAGGUCGCAUAAUCUUGAACCUGAAGGUCAUUGACAAAUCUGAAAGUGGUGGAGUAGCCAAUAGGAGGACGCCACAGUCGUUUGUGGGGCGGGCGAAAAUCCCAUCCCGAAAUCGUAUCAUAGGGAAAAGGCAAGGGGACAUGCCCUACAGGCCAUUCCAGCAUCCAAUGAAAAUGUUGGGUUUCCCCAUGUAUGGUCAGCCUUUUGGGCUCCAUCCCUUUGGGCCAUUAUCUUCCAUGACCAGUGAAGUGUCAGGCAAUGCAGCCAAUCAAAGAGGUGGAAACUUCAGUGGUAGCCAUUUCUCUGCAAAUGGGCAGACAUUUCAGUACCAGCCUCCACCAUCACCUUCCAGUUCCAGUGGGUCUAACGGCAGCUCCUCUUCAUCUCAGAAACACCCAGCUCCUCCUCAAUCUGAAGUUCCUUCUUCGGCAGCUGGUCCAAUAUCCCGUUCCUGCAACGCCUCCCAACCUCCAAAAGCAGCUAAGCCCAACACUGCAUCCAGGCCGGCGCAGUUCCUUCCUUCCUCACCUUCUAAUUCGUCCUCUCCACCGUCCUCUCUUGAAGAUGAAGACCAGGGCUCUUCGAAUCUCCCUGCAUUUCGGGGUGGAAAACGAAAGCUUCGCCAUCGAACCCAGACGGCUCGAGCUUCGGUCUGCAAGUGAUCCUGUCUUUCAAAAGCCUAGCCUUUUUGCCAGUAAUUGCGCCUUCUCUUGUCACCUGCAAUCCUGUAGAGACCACCAUUCCCAUACUUCUAGACCUAAAGUUCAGAAUCCAACUGAGAAAUCAUCUCAUCAGCAGCUUUCAAACAAAUGUUAUACAAUUUUCUUGAUCUAAGUUACGAAUGGACUAAAGGCAUUUCACCAAGACAUUUGCAUAUCUUGAUUAUUUUAAGGUGGGUUUUCAAUUAGAUACAAAAGAUGAAGUUCAACUAGGUGACAAUUGUGUAUUAUCUGCACACGCACUUGUUAGAUAAUACUUGACGUGGCAAAAUGCCCAUUUAGGCCACAGCAUCCUUAAUAUGCAUCGAAUAGAUCUUGCCAAACUUCUUCUUUGCUCACAAAGAACCAGAGUCAUAGCUAAAAUUCUCGGGACCUGGGACAAACUUCUUUUUAUAGGUGGACCCCUUCUUCCCUGGGCCCAAUAAUUGGCUAUUGCAUAGAGGACCUUAGUGGGCCCCCCUCAUAACAGGGCCCGGAACAACAUUCACGGUUCUCUCAACUGACAACGGUUCAGUGAAGAAUCGAAGUCAUCUUAGAUUUCACUAUAUCUCACAUGCGUAGAAACGACUGUAUUUAUACACACUCACAAAGCUGCAGAAUCCCGAGGACUAUUAAGUUAUUUCCCUAUUCUUGAACUUUACUCUGAUCCAGAUGUCCACCAAGACUCUAAACUGAUGUAUUUUCCAGUGUGAAUGCUGAGGACUGCAUCGAGAUUGUGGAACUGUAUGUUAAACCUUCCACAUACUCAACUACUCACUUCCCUUAUCGGAGAAAUACCUGCUCCUGUUUGCCUUCUGACUACAAUAGUUUGUGUUUCAACUAAUAGUUAAAUACUAUAUCUUUGGGGCCAGUAACCAGCAGUAAUUUCUCACAGAACUUGAUUGAGGAGUUGAAACACCUUUUUUUAGGAGACCCUUGGGUUUCUUUUAAACCUACCAAAUAUAACAAAUUGCCUUGGUUGAUGAAACCCUCUUUCGCACUCUCAAACGAGAUAGUCUGGGACCAUGUGUAUUAUGUGUGUGCUUAUGACUGCAUGUAGGUGGCCCCUUAAGGUUGAAUUAUAGUUUGGAUUUCUGCAAAUUUAGUCAUCAGCACAGUAUGCGCGGACUGUCUGUAUGCAGCCCAGUUUUUCUAGACACGUGGACAGUCCGCGUCUGUGUGCACCGUCUGCAUAUGCGCCUGGCGUUGACUGUACUAAAGAGUAUGACAAAGCAGUCGUAGUGCGUAUGUGUAGAAUGCGUCCAUACAGCUUCGUUAAAGAGGCUGCAUGCUCUGGAGGUCGCGUUUGUUUGCCGCAUACAGAGGCUCGUUUCAGAAAGCAAGUGGGACACUCCGAAUGGAGCCUCCAAAUGUGACCUCCUUUCACAGGAAUUCAGAGGAUGCUGGAGGUGUAUCCUUCGUUGGCACUCACAACCUACAAUGAUUUUUAAAUCCAUGUUUUGUUAAUUCCCAAGUAAAAGUACCUGUGUAAUUGGGUAUAAAAUAUAUGUUAAAUAAUAAGAAUAUAUAAUGAAAAUUUAAGUAUUAUAAAGUAAAUAUAAAAGUACAGAUUCAAAAUCCAUUUUCUUUUCUCUCUACGUCAUUAUUACUCUCCAAAAAUUUACCUAACAGAUUCUGUUCUCACACAGAGCGCUCGCAAGUGGCUUUCUGUAGGCUUUCACUUAUCAAACGAAGGCCAUCUCGUUUAAACAAAGCUAAUUCUAAGUUCAGGAUGCUUGGUAUACCGCUGCCAACAGAGGACACAUCCUACCUAGCAGACACACCUAUUGAUAAUCUGUCACAUUAGGCCUGAAGAACCAGGUUAACACACAGCUUAUGGCAGCUAACUAGGUGCAUGGAAGGAUGAUAAAAUGUCAGAAUCCACCGGAGGACAAAGACAAACCUCAUUAUAUGAUUUAAUUAUAGAACAUUAUUAAGUUCUGUAUGUAGUCCUCUAAUGGAGCACUCUUACUCUUUAUUGCUGUGCCUUUAGGGAGGAAUGAUCCUUUAUUAUGAAUUUACUGUAUUAUGUCAAAAAAUCAAGAAAAUAUGGUAUAUUGUCACUUUUCUUCCUUAAAAAAUUACUAUGUAUGGGGUUAUGUAUGUAUGUGUAUAUACAACUCUGGAUAACAUUAAGAGACCACUGCUAAAUUAAUUGUUCCUCAGGAUUUA